AUGGAAGAUUUCCCCAUCCUACAACUACUUCUGGAUGAUGUUGACAAGCAACUCCACCAAUUCGAGCUAGGCGCACAUCCAGAUCAUACAAGCCCACCGGCAUACGGAUCAGAUGCAAGAGAGCUGGACGGAAAAGUAGCGCUCCAAGUUUGGAAAUCCGAAAUCGAAAGACAACUGGGCAUUCUGCGUGACCGCCAGACAGCCGAAAACCUCGCGCUAGAAGAGACAGCAGAAGUACAAUUACCGAAGAUCAGUUUCACGAAGCGGAUCGCCAUGACCAUCCAGAAAUUGCUCACAGCCUUGAAGCGAGUUUUCGGUUUUUCUACAAUCAUGGGCGGAUCCAAAUUCAAGUCCUGGAUGUGCAUCUGUUGUCAUAGUACCCGUGGCAAAUUCAUGAAAGCCCCGUGCUCCCAUAUCUACUGUAGCUCAUGCCUGACUAUCAUAGCCACAAAUUUUGUGAAAGGCCAGUCGACAUCCCCACCGCAAUGCUGUUCCCAGCCGAUAACAGGUUCGAAGAUGAAAAAGGUAAUUGGAGUCGCGUUGGACAAAAGCUAUAAGGACAAGCUCAUUGAGUUCGAUGACACGGACAAAACAUACUGCGCAAACGCGAGAUGUUUGCGAUAUCUCGUAUACAAAAGGUCCCUUUGGUCAAGACUUACAACAAGGAGAAUCUGCCGCUGCGAAUGCGGAUUUCGCACGUGCAGGAAAUGCAAGUCGUUUGCUCAUGGCGGAGACUGUCUUCAUCCGGUGGACCACGCAUUUGAGGAAAUGAAGCUGGCAUUCAGGUGGCAGGAUUGCUUCAAAUGUCAUCGUGUGAUUGAGCGGACUCGUGGCUGCGCACAUAUCAUGUAA